CUGCUCAGCUGAAGGAUGAGGGUCCUCUUUGGAUGCAGCCGCUUCCCGGUGCUCUGGGCUGCUCUGGCCAUCUCUAUGACUAUUGGCUUCACCAUCCAGCUCUGGGGUGUCUCCUUGCCGAAGAGGCUGCUUCCUGUUCCCUGGGCCCCUCCAGCUGAAGCCAAGGAGGUGGGGGAGGAGGAAGGCCCCCCCAGCCCGAGCCUCCCAUGCCAGCCGUGCAAGCACCUGGUCUUCCUGAAGACCCACAAGACGGGCAGCAGCACCAUCGUCAACCUUCUGCAUCGCUUUGGGGACUCGCGGGGGCUGCGCUUUGCUCUACCAGCCCGCUACCAGUUCAGCUACCCCAACCCUUUCCAGGCACGGCGGGUCAAAGGGUGGCACCCCAAGGGACGCCCGUUCGACAUUCUGUGCCACCACAUGCGCUUUAAUCUGCUGGAGGUUCAGAAAGUGGUGCACCGGGACAGUUUCUACUUUUCCAUUGUGCGAGACCCAGUGGCUUUGGCAGAGUCGGCCUUCUCUUAUUACCGGGGUGUAGCACCUGCUUUCCGUCACGCUGGCACUCUUCCCGAGUUCCUGGCAUCUCCAUACCACUUCUACCAGCCUGGUGAACGAGGCAAUCACUACGCCCGCAACCUGCUGUGGUUUGACUUUGGCCUGGAUCCACCAGCAAGCCAAAGCCCAGCCUCAAUCAAAGUGGCUCUUGCAGAACUGGAGCAAGUCUUUCAUCUUGUGCUUCUAACAGAAUACAUGGACGAGUCCCUGGUUCUCUUGCGCCAUGCCCUGUGUUGGACCCUGGACGAUGUGGUGGCAUUCCGCCACAACCUCCGCAGCCCAGAGUCUGUGUACACGCUGGAGCCCAGCAACGCUGCCCGACUGCGGGCCUGGAACUAUCUCGACUGGCACCUCUACACCCACUUUAACCGCACUUUCUGGGCCCGGGUGGAGCGCUUUGGUUAUGCACGCAUGGCCCGAGAAACGGCUGUGCUCCAGAAGCACCGGGCACAGCUGAUGGAGCAUUGUUUGCAGGGAGGGGGGCCACUGGAACCCAGACACAUUGCUGAUGAGCACAUCCGCCCGUUCCAGUUUGGACAGGCUCCAAUCUUAGGCUAUGCCCUGCGGCCUGGCCUGGCACCCAAAGACCAGGAAGUGUGCCAGCGCAUGGUCACCCCCGAGCUCCAAUACAAGGACCUUCUAGACGCCAAGCAAUUUCCUGCAUCCUUGCGUGGCAAUGGCUCCCAGCCUGGGCCAGCGAGGUAG